GAGCAAAUCCGUACGUAUACCAAGACAAGCCGCGGGUCCAGACGGCGCUACAGAUGAUGGUAGCGAGCACAGACCUGGAACAGAGAUUGGACGAGGUCACAUUUCCAUUCCUCGUCGUUCAUGGGGAAGAAGACACAGUCACGGACCCCGCGUGUAGCGUGGAGCUACACAAGCGCGCGCGGAGCACUGACAAGACGCUCAAUCUCUACCCGGAGAUGUGGCAUGGCCUCACCGUGGGUGAAUCCGACGAGAACAUCGAGCGCGUCUUCGCGGACAUCGUGGCGUGGUUGAAUCUUCGCAGCCCGGCCGGGGCGCUGACCGCCAAGACCUUGCAGCAAUCCGACCUCAAGAUGGUCAUCGACGACCACAAGUUGACCGCGUCCAAUGGUGUUUGUAAUAAUAACCAUUCUUUCAAUUAAGAGAAAACUCCACUUGACUAUA